UGUCCUCUCACAUGUAUGAAUGGAGGAGUAUGCAGUACCCGCACACACUGUCUCUGUCCACCAGGCUUUACUGGACGCCUUUGCCAAUACCCACUUCGGACGCAAGCAUCUCGAGGCAAUAAGCAGCCCGUCUAUAGCAUACAGGUGAUGCCUGAGUCCCAGAGUCUGUCUGAGUCAGGUGGCACAGGUGGGCGGCAGCAGAUGACACAGACACACUCUGUGAUCACACUGCAAGGCACUGGACAUCACUCCUCUGAAGUGCAGGUCAAUGUUCGUGUUGUUCACACACCAGACACUGCAGUUGUCAUUCAUCCUCUCGACCAAUCAGAGAACAAGCCUCACAGUACCAAGACUGUGACCCGCCUCCCUCCACAGACGCACAAGCCAAAGGGGAGGUGCUUCCAGGAAACCACACCCAAACAGGCUUGUAGUAGUAACCCUCUCCCUGGUUUGACCAAUCAGGAAGACUGCUGUGGCAGUGUGGGUAACUCCUGGGGCCAAAAUAAAUGUUACAAAUGCCCAUUACUACCUUGUAAGUUCAAAUAAUUUCUGUUAUAUAAU